CUUCCUCUAGCGGCCUAAUCACACCAGGCGGCUUCUCUUCCGUUCCCGCCGGCAUGGAGACACCAGAGCUGAUUGAGCUGCGUAAGAAGAAGAUCGAGGAAGCCAUGGAUGGAAGCGAGACGCCCCAACUAUUCACGGUUCUGCCGGAGAAGCGGAUGCCAACGGUUGGGGGUGCCAUGAUGGGAUCCACCCAUAUCUACGACAUGGCCACAGUCAUGAGCCGCAAAGGGCCGGUCCCCGAAAUCCAAGGGGUGGAGGUCGCCCUGGCGCCCGAAGAGUUGGAGCUCGAUCCCAUGGCCAUGACCCAGAAGUACGAGGAGCACGUGAGAGAGCAGCAGGCCCAAGUGGAGAAGGAGGACUUCAGCGACAUGGUGGCCGAGCACGCGGCUAAGCAGAAGGUGAGAGGAGGAGGCGCCUUCAAUCCCUCAAACUGGAGCGACACCCUAAGAUCAAAACAAAGGGGAAAAGACCCAACUAUUUUUGUUAACCGGGGCAAGAAGCAACAG